CUGUGGGAAGAGAUUUGGAAAAGCAAGAAAAGAACACGGAAAAGUAGAGGCUCUCUGGAGGUGCAGAAGCUUUCUCCUGUACAGAUGCUGUUUAUGAAGGCCUUUAAGCUGUCUGACAUCUGCCAGUGGUUUCUGGACACAACUGAAACCAGGUCUCUAGUGAUCGUGAAGAAACUCAACACACGUCUCCCAGGGGAGAUCCCCCCCAUCAAAGUCCCCAUGCAGAAAUAUUCCUCCUCUAGUCUCUACCCCAGUUCACUGCAAGCUGAACGUUUGAAAAAACACCUCAAGAAGUUUGCAGCCACUACUCCAGCUCGGAAUAACCUGAAGAACCAAAAGCUUUGGGCCAAAAUUCAGGAGAACACUGAUAAAGUAGAAGCUGAAGAAAGUAUCGCUCCCAGCCAGACAUCUCCCACCAACACUGGCACCAAGGACCUGAGUGAAGACAAAACCAUCCAGCCUGCCCACAGCCUGCCCACACAGGCCAGCACCAGGAUCCUGCGCAAGUACUCCAACCUACGGGGCAAGCUGCGAGCCCAGCACCGUGUGGUGAAGGCAGAGAAGAAGAGUGAUGGCCCAGGGGACCACCUGUCCCUGGAGAGCAAGCAGAGCCGGAAGAGUGUGUGCAUCAACCCACUGAUGUCUCCAAAGUUGGCCUUGCAGAUCAAAGCAGAUGCCUUUCCUGCUAAAUCUCCAUCAGUAGAUGGGACGGGGAAAGGGCGGAAGGGGAAGAGUAGGUCCCAGGAGGAUCCCUCACCCAAAUCUGACCUCCAGUUCAGCAGGAAGAAGAGGACACUGAAAGAGACCGGGAGCACCCAGGAGCGGUCCAGCUCCUCCACCAAGGACAAGCUGCCUGCCAAGAAGGCCAGUAAAAUAAAGCAUUUGGAGGUCAGUACAAAAGUUCCUGCCACCCGAAAGCAGACUGCCAUGGAGAGGAGCAAUAAGCUGGCUAGAAAAAUGUCUUUGAAAGAGAAGACAGCCCCCAAAAGGCAGCUGGAGAAGAUGCGGCUCCCCAUGCGGAAGGGCAAGGAGAACACAAGCAGACGGGCUGUCUUGCCCCCUGGCCAUGAGGAGCUGGCCAAGUCCCUAAAGCAGAAGCCCCUGGGUGAGUCCUCCACACGGUCACAGAAGAUGUCCAGCAAGAAGCCCAGCUGUGGGAAGACCCUGACCAGGUCCAUGAAAAAGAUGCAGGAGAGCAGUGGGUCACAGGGCAAGAGGAAACUGAGGGCAAAAGUGGACUGUUCACACAGCAAACGCUCACGACUGGACCCAAAAUAGCAAAGAACCGGUAGCCAUGUGCAAAACUGGUGUAUAGUAGUAACCCUUUACCAUGCAUUAACUAAAGCUGCUUUUAUAAGCUGUAGCAAGCCUUUAAAAAUCCGCAGCUAAAGGAAAACGCCCGUGAUUUUAGGCAUCGGCAGAUAUGUCUCGGACAGAGAAGAGGUCGGUCUGUCUGGCUCUGCUGUUCGGAAGGAAGUUUCUGCAGUUUGAAUGUUCCUUGGGUUUUUUUAAACUUGGAACCAGGCAGUUUUAGUUAAAAGUACAGUGCCUUAUUUAUCACUUUAAAAAUAAAAAUAAGAAGCUUGUCUGUGUGAUUUGGAGGCUUGCGUUUUAUACUUGAGGCACAAGCACUUGUACUG